CACGCCUGACCGUGUCCUACUGCCGGAGCAGCGGCCCCGGCGGGCAGAACGUUAACAAAGUGAAUACCAAGGCAGAAGUUCGGUUCCACCUGGCAUCGGCAGACUGGAUUCCAGAAGCUACAAGACAAAACAUGGCAUCAAAGUACAGGAACAAGAUAAACCGAGCGGGCGAGCUGAUUGUGAACUCUGAGGAGAGUCGCUACCAAAUGAGGAAUCUGGCAAUUUGUUUAGAAAAAAUCAGAACCAUGGUCACAGAGGCUACCGAGCAGCCCAAGGUGGUGUCGAAGGAGACAACACAGAAGUUCAUAGAGAGAGUGGAAAAAAUGAACCGUGAACGGCUGCGACAGAAAAAGAUACACUCAAACAUAAAACAGAGCAGGAAGGCUGACUUCGACUGA